UAACUGAACUAAACAGUGAUAUUGCAUUUACGAGAAGCAAUUACAAACAGAAUUCCUGCCGGUUCGUGAAAAGAAAAUCGUAUAAGAAAGAUGUUCAGGAAUCAGUACGACAGCGAUGUUACUGUGUGGAGUCCUCAGGGUCGUCUUCACCAGGUGGAGUACGCGAUGGAAGCGGUGAAGUUGGGUUCAGCCACUGUUGGUUUGAAGAAUAAAACUCACGCCGUCAUCAUUGCCCUGAAGAGGGCAUCCUCUGAGUUGUCCGCUCAUCAGAAGAAGGUAAUCCCCAUCGAUUCCCAUAUCGGCAUCACCAUUUCAGGACUGACUGCAGAUGCAAGGAUUCUCAGUCGUUACAUGAGAACCGAGUGCUUGAACUAUAAGUACUCGCAUGAUUCUCCAUUGCCUGUGAGCAGGCUGAUCAGUCAGCUGGGUAACAAGAUGCAGACUUGCACGCAGAGGUACGACAGGAGACCUUAUGGUGUUGGACUCUUGGUUGCUGGCUACGACGAAUUGGGGCCACACAUCUACCAGACUUGUCCAUCUGCGAAUUUCUUCGAUUGCAAGGCUAUGUCGAUCGGGGCGCGUUCGCAGAGCGCUCGCACUUAUCUCGAGAAGAAGUUGGAGGAAUUCCCGAACUGCGGAUUCGAGGAUUUGAUUAAGCACGGUCUGAGAGCGCUCAGAGAUACGUUGCCCAACGAAGUCGAUCUUAACACCAAGAACGUGUCGAUCGGUUACGUGGGAAAGGACGUGAUCUUCAAGAUUCUCAACGAGAAUGAAAUCGCCAGUUAUCUGAACAUGAUCGAGGGUGAGGAGAGGAGAGGCACAGCCGCUGAGGCCGCUCCGGCUGCACCGAUCAGGGAAGACGCGGGGGACGAGUCUGCUCCCAAGGAAGCGAUCCCAACCGUCGCCAUGGACACAGAAUAAUAAGCGAAUUCUGUAACCAUGUUGAUGUUGUCAUGGUGUUUGGUUUUGCCAAAGGCUUCUUGCCGUGGCUGCUUUAAUCUGAUACGAAUUUUAAUUCAGCCACGGCGAAAAAAAAAAUAUUUGUUUCUCUUUUAUAUACACUUUAAUUUAACCCUUGC